CCAGGCAGUCUCAUGCGGGCGUGAUAACGUCAAUGCAGCAGCAGCACCACACCACACCAGAGUACAGCUUCACACACAUGGCGUGCAUGAUUAGAUUAGCCCACCGUCGUCGCACUCAAUCAAUCUCUUCUUGCCCAUGGGGGGGUUGCAAAGCCUCCAGGUCCUUAGGCGCGAUCCUUGGCUAUAGUGCCAAACCUUGAUAUGGCAAUCGUCACGGGGAUUGUGGCAGCCGCGUGCGCGCAGGCGACAAUGCUGAAGCGGCGCCUCCUGGAACGCUCCGCGGAACCUUGGGAAGAGUGCUUUGUCCCCAAGCCACGUUCCGGCAUGCGGGCAAAGUCUCGCAUUAAAUCCUCGGGCAGCUUGGCCAAUGGUGAAGCGAGCAACGGACUCCCCGUUGGCCACUGCGCAGAUGUCAAAACAACAAGGGGAGGCGAGGCUCUUCUCGUAUUGGUCGGGUCGAGGAAUCCUUCGGAUCGUGUCUUCCCUUCCAGCAAGCCUAUGCCGGAUGGUCAUUCUUAGAACCCGAGCCCGAAACCACGGAACAAAGACGAAACCUGCAUAGUGCGAUCAUGAAUAAUCUCUUAUGGUACCAACAGAAGAAUUCUGUGGUGUUUCUCUCCGCGUCGCGAAAUCGCAGCCAAGCAUCAACGACUCACACGGUCGGCAGACCAGCAGAAUGCCGGUGCCUGUUGUGCGGUAAAUUUUGUAGAGUUUGCGACGCUUGCCCAGAGUGG